AAAUCUAACGUCGAGGCUCAUCACGAGUUUGCCAGCAAGUAAUAAAAAUAUCUGCCAUGCCAUACCAUGCCAUGCCCGUCCACCCAAUAUCUUUAAAGUUCCGUCGCGUCACGGCCCUCCCCAAUUCCAUUCCCUUUCCAUUAUAAAUUGCCAGUUGGUUAGCUCCUUCCAUAAUCCCUGCAUGCGCAUUUGCUAAUGCUCUAAAUAAUGCUCCUCCUCCGCCUCAUUCCUCCUAUAAGUAUUAACAAAGAUAAUAAUAAAAAAGAACAACACAGAACAAAUUAACAUACAACCCUCCCCACCCAUCCCACCCACUAAAUUGCACGUCAAAUUCGAAUUCCCAUGACCAUCCUCAUUUCUCAUCACUUGGCUCCCAGCCUAGUCCUCCUCCUCCUUUCCUUGCUAAUUACCUUCUCUUCUUAUUCAUCACCAUUCCACUCCCCGCUCGCCGCCCGGCCUACUGAUAUCGAGAGAGACAUCACCCUUACGGCCUCCCCCGAAGCUGAAGAUAUGUCGUCCACUGGCCCCAGCAGCAGCUCCACUGGCAGUCCUUCACCAUCAGGUGCUACCGGCUCUGCCCAUGGCCCCAACUGGGACUACAGCUGGGGUUGGGGUUCUAGCCCUGGAAGUGGUUGGGGAUAUGGGUCUGGCUCUGGUCGCUCCCCCACUGGAUUUGGUCGGGGAUUUGGUUAUGGCUUUGGCUACGGGACGGGAUCAGGCUCUGGCUCUGGCUUUGGCUAUGGUUCUGGAGGCGGUGGGGGGGCUCAUGGUGGAGGUGGAGGUUAUGGCUUCGGGAGGGGUCCCGGCCGUGGCUCUGGAUCAGAUGGCAGGUUGGUUUUCCCUCUGUCCAUCUUCUAGCUGGCUAUAUAUACAUACUCUACGGGCUUUAUACACAAUUAAUGAUGAUGUAUUUCAUGCAUGUAUCAUUACUGUAGAGGAAUAGAUAGGAUCCUCUCAUCCAUCAGCUUGAUGAUAUUUAUAUGCUGGAUAUAACAUAGAUGCAAACAUACAUACGAUAUCACACAUAAAAUAUAAAAUGGUAGAAAUAAUGUCAUUGUAUGUGGUUUCGGAUGAUAUGAUUGAACAAAAUAAUACUUGUAGUUUAAUUUUGUA